CUCUGUCCUCCGCGCUCUAUGGCAGUCCUCCAGCCGGGCAACAGCGGGAUGAGUGGGGGGUUCGGGGUUCGAGGUGGUCCGGCCCGCCCCGGGCCCGACAGUUUCUCCCCUUCGGCCUUGGGGACCCGGCAGCAUUGGGAUACAACCUAUGAGAGAGAGUUGCAAGCUUUUCGAGAAUAUGGAGAUACUGGGGAAAUCUGGUUUGGAGAAGAGAGUGUGACUCGACUGAUCAGAUGGCUGGAGAGACGAAGGGUGCCCCUGGAUGCCUCUGUGCUUGACAUCGGGACUGGAAAUGGUGCUUUUCUGGUUGAGCUGGCAAAGUCGGGUUUCUCUAAUGUUACUGGAAUCGAUUACUCGCCAGCAGCCAUUCAGCUGUCUCGGAGCAUAAUCGAGAAGGAAGGCUUAGCCAACGUUAAAUUGCAGGUGGAAGACUUUCUGAAUCCCACGAGCGCGCUCCCCAAGUUCGGCAUUUGUGUCGACAAGGGAACUUUUGAUGCCAUAAGCCUUAAUCCGGACAAUCCCGUCGAGAAAAGGAAGCGAUACGUAAAAUCCCUCUCCCGCGUACUGGAAACCGGAGGGUUUUUCCUAAUUACCUCUUGCAACUGGACUAAGGAUGAGUUGCUCCGAGAAUUCAGUGAAGCAGGAUUCGAAGUCCUGGAAGAGCUGCCGACCCCCAAGUUCCUCUUCGGAGGGAGAUCUGGAAACAGCGUCACGGCCCUGGUCUUCCGAAGAAAGGGAGGAGCCUCCCCGGACGGACUCGGCCGGGGAACUGAUUCCGUGCGACGGCGUGAUCGCGUCUACGCUUAUGAACCGAAAGGGGACAGAAGAGGCGGUGGGUCCCGGACGACGCGAAGAGGGACUUUUCUGCUUCGCGCGGGACUGUUUCUGGCGGGUCAGAACUCAGGAAUCCCUACGGUUGGCGAUUGUACCGAAAAACAGACGGGGGAGAAACACGUAGGGAGGGCAGAAGCCGCCGGCGAAUCGCUCCCUCUGCCUCUGGCCAGCCGGGAGUCCCUGUCCCCCCACCGCCUCCCCCGGGGCCGGAUCUCUUUCCCGGGGCUCAGCUCCUCCGGUCCGAGGGACGACCCCAAGACAGCGAGGCGCCCCGAAGCGAGGUGGGGAGGAGCGGGCCGGGGACGGAAUCCAGGUGGCGACGGAGCAUUCGGUCUCGCCCGCGGACCCGACCUGCCCGAGGAAGGGGACGGGGAAACGACAGAGCGCCUAAAUCGGCCCAGCUUUACCUCUUUUCAUUCAUUCGAUAGCAUUUAUUGAGCGCUUACUGUGUGCAGAGCACUGUACUAAGCGCUCGGAACGAACAAGUCGGCGACAGAUAGAGA